AUGAAGUUUGUACUUCUUCUGACUCUCUUUGGAGGGGCAGUUGCCAUGAAGGAAGGCGACAGGAUUGUUGGAGGGUAUGAGUGCCCGAAAAACUCUGUGCCCUACCAAGCGUCUCUUUUUGACGGGUACAACUUCUGUGGAGGGAUUCUUCUGUCUAGUGAGUGGGUGCUCUCUGCUGCACACUGCAAAUCGAAGUCAAAUGUUGAAAUACGGCUUGGAGAGCAUGACAUCUGGGAGCCUGAGGGGACUGAACAGCACAUUAUGUCUGCCGAGUUUAUUCGUCACCCUGACUACAACUCCCGAUCACAGGAUAACGAUAUCAUGCUUAUUAAGCUGAGUCGAUCUGCUACUCUGAACAGCUAUGUACGCCCUGCUGCACUUCCUUCAGAGUGUGCCAGUGCUGGGACAAUGUGCCAGAUCUCUGGAUGGGGGAGUCUGCGUCCUAGUAAUGAAGGCUCGAGAUACCCUCAUAAUUUGCAGUGUCUGGAUGCCCCUCUCCUCAGUGAUGAUACAUGCUUUAAUGCAUAUCCUUUCCAAAUAACUGAAAACAUGAUCUGUGCUGGCUUCCUGGAGGGAGGGAAGGACUCCUGUCAGGGUGACUCUGGGGGUCCCAUGAUGUGUGACGGAGUGCUGCAAGGAGUUGUGUCUUGGGGGAAUGGCUGUGCUCUGAGAAACAAGCCCGGGGUGUACACAAAAGUAUGCAAUUACACCUCCUGGAUCAAGAACACCAUGGCAUCUGGCUGA